UUUUCGUUGUGUGCUGCUGUCUAUUUCGCCCAUUCGUGCACAGCCCGAUUAGGGUGGCUAGAUUGAUACAUGUGUGUAUCACAUUUUUGCCAUCGUUAUAUCUUAUGUCUUCUAUUUUUCUACACCGGCUUCUCAUCAGAAACCAAACAUCUAGCUUGGGAGAGAGGAUUUGCAGUCUCGCCAAACAAUGAGUGAGUCUAGUAUCUGCCAGGCGCGGGCCACGGUCAUGCUGUACGAAGAUGCUAACAAGCGCUGGGUGCCGGCAGGUGCAGGGGGCCAGGCCUUCAGCAGGGUCCAGAUCUACCACAACCCAGUGGCCAACACAUUCCGAGUGGUGGGACGCAAGAUACAGGCCGACCAGCAGGUGGUGAUCAACUGUCCAAUCGUCAAGGGUCUGAAGUACAAUCAGGCCACAACCAACUUCCACCAGUGGCGGGACGCCCGGCAGGUGUGGGGGCUGAACUUUGGCAGCAAGGAGGACGCCGCCCUCUUUGCCAACGGCAUGAUGCACGCCCUGGAGGUGCUGAGUGCUCUCGGCGACUCGGGAUACUCCUCUCUCCCUCGCCCUGUCCAGAAUGGACCCUCCCCAGAGGAGCUGGAGCAGCAGAGGAGACUGGAACUGCAGAGGCAGGAGCAGCAGGAGAGAGAGAAACAGGCCGCAGCCAUCCCCCCUACAGCCCCACCCGCCCCUCCUUCAGCCCCUGGUGGCCCCCCGGCUCCCCCAGGCCCGCCUCCACCUCCAGGCCCCCCACCUGCUGGCCCCCCACCCCCACCUGGCCCCCCACCACCACCUGGGUCCGGGGCCCCACCUGCCCCACCUCUGCCUGGAGGAGGAGGAGGAGGAGGAGGAGGAGGGGGGGGGGAUGGACUAGCUGCCGCCCUGGCAGGAGCCAAACUACGCAAAUCCGCCAAGGAGGAUAGUGGUGCGGCGGCACUUCCUACAUCGGGAGGAGGAGGAGGAGGUGGGGGAGGAAAUCUGAUGGGGGAGAUGAGUGCCAUCCUGGCCCGUCGGAAGAAAAUGUCAGAUAAUCCAGGCGUAAAGAAGGAUGAGCCCAGCAAUGAAGACUCCUCAAAGUCCUCAGGCCAAAGUGACACCCUCAGGAAACCGUGGGAGAAAUCUGCCACCAUGCCAAGGACUAACUCAACCACCAAGACCCAGCUGCAGGAGAGCAGCCCCAGCCCCACCACCUCUGCCCUUCCUCCCAUUCCCCCUUCUCCAUCGUCUACCCCAGUGUCCAGGAUGAAGGCCACGAACAGCACAGGCAGUGAAGACUCAGAGAUGGAGAGAAUCAAACAGGACAUCCUUGAGGAAGUGAGAAAAGAGCUCCAUAAAGUGAAGGAUGAAAUCAUCGGUGCAUUUAUCCAGGAGCUGCAAAAGAGAGGACCAGUAUAGUCUCUCAACAUACAGCCACUGCCACCUGGCCAGAAAAUGGGGGGAUGGAAGGAAGGGAGAGAUGGCCAUAUGGAGGGGUGGAUGGCUCAUAUAUUUCCUGCACUGUUCAGGCUCCCUCUAUCAAUGUUACACACACACAGACACACACCUAUACAUUUAGGACUGUACCAAUCGGCAGUCUUCCAAACUUUUUUUUUCUCCGUUGUUUUUCUUGUUUGCCUUUCUCAUGGUUUCAAGAGCUCUGCUGUGCUGUGCUCCGCCAUCACUGCCUACCUUACUCUACUCUACUCUCUCCCUGCCUCCCAAGUCAACUCCCAUAUCUUACCUGGAUGUAUCUGGCCUUACUCUUCACUAGUGCAGAGCAAGGUUUGGCUCAGUUCGAAUUGGAGGCAGUCAAUUCAGGAAUAAACUGAAAUUCCAAUUCAAUGAUUGAAAAAGGGGUAUCUAUUUUCAAUGACUUCUCAAUAAACUGAAAAGGAGAAGCUAUUUAUGUCAAAAGUUUUACACAUUUUAGAUUUUAAAUUAAAAUCACUUCCUGAAUUGACUGACUUCAAUUCGAAUUGAGCCCAACCCUGAUGCAGAGAAUUCAGGGAAUACCAUCAACCACACCAUCGAAACACAGUACAUUUUCAACAGUCCCACAUUUCAAAGUCUCACGCCAACCUAACUGUGGGAAAACGGUUCUGCUGCAGCGGUUGACCACAGGGUGGAGCUGUGAAACAGAAGAAUCGGAUCCGAGGGCCUGCCUUUCUCUGUAGUCUCUGUACUACCCAGGAGCAGCCGGGGAACUACAAAUCCCAGCUUUCAACAAUAAGGGAGAUCUGGUUAAAUAUAUGUCUGUCCUUCUAGUACACCUAAUAGGAGUAGGGUGAAGUUGCCCCUAGAUGCUGAUCUUGGGUCAGUUUGGCAUUUUCCCCACUUAUGGUUAAGUCUAGGUUUGGGGGAGAGGAAGCUGAUCCUAGAUCUGUACCUGGGGAAACUUCAACCACCUUAUACUGCCAUUUAUACUGUAAUAGCGAACGGGUUGCCAACUCCUUGCUACACCUCACAUCAACAGUUUUUUCAACCUCAGGGAUUAGCGGAAGCAUAUCAGUUAGUGCCAGAUAGGACCGUAUCAGCAGGUCCUAUACCAGUCACCAUGCCCACUUCUCCUUAGGAUUUAGCACAGAGGACCCCAGCAGACCACCUAUGGAUGACAAACAGGCCCAAUCAAAAAUCAACCCAUAUCCCCUACAACUUCUGCCUCCCUUCUUCACUAGUGGAGAUGUGAGAAGAUUAGAUUGGUGUAAGCAAUAUGGCAAAAUGUCAUCCAGCCAAUCAGAGAGCAGGUGGAAACUAUUACCAUAUUACUUAUGUCGAGCUUAUCCUUUCAGCUCUCCACAAGUGCGUAGGGCUAGGGGUCGAUUUUGGUAUAGGGUGACAAUUUGCCACCUAGAAACAGAAUGAUUGGAAUGGGCAUUAUCCUCUAAAAGCAAUUAACUUUUGCUGAUAGGAUCUUAGAUGAUUUUAAUUGUAUCUAUUUAAGAAUGAAGAAUGAAUUCUUAAGCACUCCAAUGUCCGUGACAUUUCCUAGCUCCCUGUGCAGCACGUCCAACAGGUUGCCAACCAUAUCCAUUUCCCAAUGACCUGGAGAUCCAUGCCUGUUCUGUCCAUUCUAUUUCUACACUCCUAACACUGCCUACUCUUCUAGUAACCACAUAAGAAAAGGGUCGAGCGGGGAGAGGAGGAGAGCAGGUAGGGGACUGUACCUGGUAUGAUUCGGCUGCGGUGCAGGUAACUGCUACGUAUCACUGUGCAGUCCAGGGACUCUUACUCGACUGUGUUUGUUCUUAUAAAGAUACUUAAUAAUACCCAUUAUGUUAGCUGCCUCUGUGGCCUCAUCCGACAGAGAUGCCAAUCUUCGCUAAUGCAACUCGGCCUCGCCUCCUGAGCACUCUUACAAUCUUUAUAGAUUAAGUGAAAGAAUUAUAGUAAUUAAAAAAAUCCAUAAGGUUUUCUAUUUCCAUUGGAAAUACUGUGGUAAUGAAAAUGGAAGCCCCACUAGUAGUGGGCAAAAACUGGUUGAAUCAACGUUGUUUCCACAUCAUUUCAACAACAAAAAAAUCCAUGUGACCAGGUUGAGUCAACGUGGAAUACUGAUUGGAUUUUCAAAAAGUCAUAAACUUAAGGGAACAUUGUCUUCUAUUUUUAAAACGUUGAAUCUAAAUCCAAUGACAUGGUGACAUUUGUUGUUUAGUUCACGUUGAAUUCACAUUAGUUGACAACUCAACCAAAUGUAAAUCAAAACUAAACAUUGAAAUGAAGUCUGUUCCCAGUGGGAGGUAUCUUUGAUUAAUUUUUUAGAUGCAUUAUAAAUGUUAUUUUGGAUUUAUUGAAGGUGAUUUUCUAUUAUUAGAGUGAAGGAUUUUUACACUGAAAUGUUGUGAGAGAAAAUGCCGUAAAGACACUGGAUUGGAGAUGCUUUUCUGGUCAAAUACAGCUGCUUCUUGUAUCAAA